UAAGAUUCGAAUUUCUGUGAUAUUGACACGAGCAGAAAGGCGUGCUGGAACUCGGUUUACAAAGGCAGACUGGUCAAUACAAUUGAGUAAUCCAUAUUUACCACUUAUUUACACACGAGUCAACGUUGUUUGAAGCUGGUGGUAAAUCCAGAGUUCACAAACAAUACGCAUUUAAAGUAUUUUAAAUGUUUGUAACACUCAGCAAGUAAAAUGACCUUUGCGCUCAACACUUGAGGAUAUGAGCUGGACAAUCUAGGAAACAAAGAAAAAAGUUCAAGUGACUUAUGCGUGUAUAUAUCCAUGUAUUUGAGGAAGUUUGGGGAAAUACUGUUCUUGUUUUACUUAAAUACUAUUGAAUAAGUAAGUACUAGUACUAAUCAGUGUGAAAUCCUUCCUUGUUGAAUGAUUUAUGUAAAUAAUACGGUUGAUCGUUACUUGUGGGUAUUACUAUAAUGGAUUAAGUGGGACCGAAAAUUAAAUGACUAAGGAAUGUUUCUGCUUGUGAAGUCCGAAAAUUUUAAACGUUUAACUCAACAUGGAGCUAAAUAAGAUUUGGACAGUAUUUCUCAUGAUGGGUGCUUUCACUCUAGGAUGGUUUCUAUAUGGCAUUGGAAGAGAGACUAACAUUAAUAUUUCACACCAUGGCCAGACAAUAUUGAAUGCUGGGAUUCGAAUAUUUAAAGGGAACAGUAAUACAGAGUCAAUGAAAUUAAAUGGAAAUUCAAGUAUCCCAGACAAAAAUUUAAAGUUGGGAAUUUUAAACGUGCACAAAAACAGAAAUCUAUUGAAAGAAAGAAGAAAUACUACCGGCAUUACCUCAGAAAAACAGGUCACAAGAAAAACGGUGUUAAAUUAUCAACAAACAACUAAAUUGAUUAAGGUUUUACCAACAUUUGGACCCAUAUCUGUUCGACUGUAUGCUAGAAAUGCAAAACAAUGGACUAGAGACGAGAGAACCUGCAAAAACUACCCCAAGUUCAUGCAGGCAACAUUAAGAACCUCGGCGGGGGCUGUUCCGAUUUUCAUCCAUAACCCCAAAGACGACAUUCAUGUUAGUAACAGUGUUCUUAAAUUUGGCUCCUGGGAAGGAGGCUUCAUUGACCUCAUUCUGACCUUUCUUAGACAGGAUCCAAAGUUACAAUUUUUAGAUCUUGGUGCCAACAUUGGAGUUUAUUCGAUGGCCGUUGCAAAAUUUGGUAGAAAAGUGGUUGCUGUUGAUGCACUGGCAAUGAAUAUCCAAAGGCUGUGUGCUACUGUGAAACAAAACAAUUUUACAGAGAACGUUCAGUUGAUAUAUAAUGCUCUUUCAGAUGUUCACGAAACAGUUUCCCUUGGAGCAGACAGAGGAAAUAUAGGUGGAACCUUUGUAGCAAAAGAUAAAAAUCCAAACAAAGUGAGAGGAAGUCGAGUUUCAGGUAACUACGGAAACGUACAGACAGCGACUCUGGACGACAUACUUGAACUUCCGGAUUUUAAUCUGAAUAAAGUGAUAAUAAAAAUGGAUGUUGAAGGUUACGAGAAUAGAGUUUUCAGAGGAGGUGAAAACUUUUUUAAUAAAGUCGACGUGAGAGCGGUAUUAAUGGAGUGGAUGUGGCUAAAAACUGGCCCGGCCGGACAGGAGAUAAUAGACUUUUUAACUCGUCAUGGAUUUCAACCAACAAGACCGUCCUUAGCUACGCAGCUUCUGCCUCUUAACAACAGACUCUCUUGGCCAAAUGAUGUUUUAUGGAGAAGGAAAUGAUAACAAAUAAAAGUCUAG